CUAACCUUAGGUAGGAGGUACCUAACUGGGAGGUACCUCUGUUGCCAUUAUCAUUACCUCUUACCUAUUACCCGUUACCCAUUACACCACUACUACCUAAUCUAACCUGCUUACAAUCCGUACAAUACAAUCUUUACAAUCCACUUUACAAAUCCAAAAAACCUCAACCACCCAAAUUCGUUGAACAUAUGCACAUACACACAUACACAUAGCAUAUGCAUACACGUACGCACAUACUUUCAUUGGUACUCGCGUUUAAGACAAGAUCACAAUAACGUCGUCCACGCCAAACGUCCCACGCCUACGCCUCUACCUUUACGCCUACGCCCCUCGGUCGUUUUCCAUUCUCGAGGAAUUCCCUUGGCGACAAGAAGGGGAAAAUAGAAUACCACAGGUCACCCUUGGGCAACCUUUUUAGAGAAUAUACGCGGCUAUCACCGUUCGACCUCCUCGGUUUCUAUUUGCCUCCCUUUCUUCUACUCGCCUCCUUUACUCGCCUAGGCAUUUCCCGACCCUUCUGUCUUCAUUUACUUUUUUAGACUUGGACUUGGACUUCGCCUCCAAUCCCAAUUUCAGCCCCCGACUCCCGAGUCGACUUUGGAUUACCACAACUUCGUCUUGCUCAACCUGCAUCGCUCAGCCAACUUCUAACAUCGAACCGACGGCUUCGUAUCUCAUGCUAUCACGAUAAGCCUCUUGUUAUACAUGAUUCCUAGCACGUUAUAGAAAUAGUAUGAGGAUACAGGCACCAUCCGCAGACGAAAGGAUGGAGUCUGCGCGGCCUCGAUCGAGUCACGCUACAGUUUCCGUUAACUUUGACGAUGCCGACUCCCACUCUCAUCCACGACUCAAAUUUGGCGUUGCUGAAUGUAUCGAGACCAAAACGGUCACCACAACCACCACCACUAAGAGAUCAUACCCGCCUCUUCUGGUAAGGGAGUCGAAGCCGCUCUCAUCCCUAGACUCCAAAGAGUUCCCCUUAGCUCAGAAGCCUACCCCUCCUGAGUUAGCCAACUUCACCUUUAACGUCGCCCACUACGGCGGCAUCUCCUGGCCCGUUGACGAUAACGAUGUUGACUUUCAACAAGACUCGCAGCAGUCUAUUAGCGAUGGAUCUGUCGAAGAGAUCAAAGCGGAGCCGGAAUUAAAUGCUACCUCCCAAACUACUCGACGCUCAUCAAAGCCGUACCAGACUAUCUCAUCUCGUAGAAGCCACCGGGUGAACUCGAGAGCUGCAUCUCCCGUUGUCGGCGGAUCUAUCCGGAAGAGUUCGCAGAAGCAGUCGAUACGAUCAUUGACACCCACUCUGCCCAACGCCGUAUCGGAUAAGUUACGCCGUGCUCUAACCAACGACUCCCGUAAAGACGUGAUCAGAAACAAUACAACAAGAUCUACUAGUGGUUUUCCCGUCACGCCUGACACGUCUGAGCUGGCUCCAGCCAACGCGAAUCGACCCUUCAAGCUUCGAAAUACGCACCUAGAUUCUUUUGAGACCCCAGAAUCUAAUAAUAAUAAUAAUAGCCAACCCCAAUCUUUCUUCGAUAUCUCCAGCCCCUCAGGCAGCGAUUCGCAUACCGUCUUCAGUAGCAAUGUUGCUACGCCACCUAUUACUGAUGCAGACGCGGAUACCGAACCAUUUGGCGAUGUCGAUGCGGAUGAAUCACUUCAGCAGUCUAUUCGUGCCUUGCAUCACCCAAGACCCGUCAAUACACUUGCUGCUCAAGAUGCCAGCCUACCCAGCCCACGCCUAUCACCGACUCUGCAGGCUUCCAGAUUUCGUGGGCUGGACCAGGACGAUAGAGACAAUGCGGCGGACGAGGAUGUUUCAUUGCUUUUCCAGGAGGAAAGUCAGAACUCGGUGGAUUACGAAUCUGGCCCGUCUUCUACGACAGAGCCCUCAUCUCUAGCUCUUCGACGGUACGAAGAUUCUUUGCAAUCCCAACCUACAAUCAUGGACACCCGCUCGAUGCUGGAGACGUUUGACGCUAUGCCUGCCGAGAUGAAGUCAUUUAUGAUGUAUCAAUUUCUCCGUAGAUGUUCCAGAAAAACCCUUCACAUUGUUGCCGAUGUGGUCAAUCCAGCCCUAAAAUGCGACAUCUUGAAAGACCUCCCUUUGGAACUAACCCUGCACAUCCUUUCUUACCUAGACCACCGCGAUCUUUGCCGUGCGGCUCAGGUUUCAAAACACUGGCGGGGGGUUAUUGAUAGUAACGAGACGGGCUGGAAGGAGCUCUUCGACGCUGAUGGCUUUACUCUAGCCCCCGGAGAGCUCGAUAGAGCUAUCAGAGAAGGUUGGGGUUGGCAAGAUCCGGUUGGACCCGAAGGCUGUGAGCGUGACUACAGUACUCAAGCUAGACUUACUUCGACCGAGGCCGAACUAAUACGCUCGUCAAAGCCCGACCCGCCACAGAAAUUACGGACAUCCAAGCGCAAGAGGGCUCUGAACAGCCUCAUCAGCUCGGAACGGUCUAAGCGGCGAGCAAGCGCGCAAGAGAUGACAAAGGAUGAGAAGACGUAUACGGGAGAACGGGUGCACAAGUCUGAGGGUCCUAUGUCUGCUGCAAAUGCCGCAGCUGUGGCUGUUCCCGACCCGCACAUCGGCCUUCCAAGCCUUAGGAGGCUUCACCUGUUCAAGUCACUCUAUCGUCGCCACUACAUGAUCCGUAAGAGCUGGACGAGUGGCAAAGUCAAACCAAGCCAUGUUGCCUUUGCGGCCCACCCCCGGCACGUAAUCACCUGUCUACAGUUCGACGAGGACAAGAUUAUCACCGGAAGCGACGACAUGCUUAUCCACGUCUACGAUACCAAGACAGGAAAGCUCCGUCGUCGCUUAGAAGGCCACGAGGGCGGGGUUUGGGCUCUUCAAUAUGAAGGCAACUUUCUAGUAUCCGGUUCUACCGAUCGCUCUGUUCGUGUGUGGGAUAUUGAGAAAGGUCUUUGCACCCAAGUCUUCUAUGGCCACACUAGUACUGUCCGAUGUUUACAAAUCUUGAUGCCAACAGAUACCGGCAAGGUAGAGAACGGGCAGGCGGUCAUGAUGCCGCCGAAGCCUCUAAUCAUUACCGGAUCUCGUGACAGUCAGUUGCGAGUCUGGCGCCUUCCCGAGGCCGGCUCUAAGAGAUACAUACAGACCGGACCUCCAGCCAACGAUACCGACUGCCCUUAUUUUAUCCGCAUUCUACAGGGCCACACGCACUCUGUCCGCGCGAUCGCUGCUCACGCCGAUACACUUGUCAGUGGAAGCUACGACAAUACAGUCCGAGUAUGGCGCAUCAGCACAGGGGAGACGGUUCACGUUUUGCAAGGACAUUCGCAGAAGGUGUACAGUGUAGUGCUGGACGUGGCUCGUAACAGAUGCAUAUCGGGCAGCAUGGAUAGCUUUGUGAAGAUUUGGGAUCUGGAAACUGGAUCAUGCUUGCAUACGCUGGAAGGACAUUCACUGCUCGUUGGAUUGCUCGAUCUUCGUGACGAACGACUAGUUUCGGCAGCGGCGGACAGCACCCUCCGUAUUUGGGACCCGGAGAGCGGACGAUGCCAGUCAACUCUAACGGCCCAUACUGGCGCGAUUACCUGCUUUCAACACGAUGGACGUAAAGUUAUUAGUGGCAGCGACCGGACCCUGAAGAUGUGGGAUAUCCGCUCAGGCGAAUGCAUCCAAGACCUUCUUACGGACCUUAGUGGAGUCUGGCAGGUCAGAUUUGAUGAACGCCGAUGUGUAGCGGCCGUCCAGCGGGAUAACUUGACAUAUGUCGAGAUUCUUGACUUCGGAGCCAUUCGUGACGGCAAACCUGUAGAGGAACUUGGCAAGCGUAUUUUACUAAAUGCCCCCGAAGUCCAGAGAAUAAUGGAAGAAGAUAAUUAAACUUACUGGGCCUACGAGCAUGUAUCCGGUUCCGCAGCGAGGACAUGACCCAAAGUUACAACACUCUCACCUAGUUAGAGCGCGUACCGGUAUGCUUGCUACAUAAGCCAAAGCGCAAGGCGGCCACACGAAGCCACAUUUUUAUAUUUAUUUCGUCCAUCGCGACAUCUAUAUCGAACAAGAUUCUGAGUUCUAUUAGGCUUCUCGCGUGGCUUGUCACAAGCAGAGUUAUCUGUAGAUUGGUGACGAUCGGCAAGUACGAUAGAGCAGAAUGGCUAGUGGUGACAGCAAAAAGUUAUAUGCGGACAGCAUUCUUUGAGCGAGGCAUUUGUUUUCUUUUUUUUUUUUUUUUUUUUUUUU